UUCCCCAAGGUUGUAGUGAUAUCGGAGGCCUCGGGGAGACGACGCAGCGUGGGACUUGGAAAGGAGACCAGACGACCACAGCCUCCGCAACUAAUUAAGGCGCUUCCGGGUGAACUUAACGUGACUCAGGGCGAUACAGUCACUCUGGAGGCGGAGACGGUUGGUGAUGAGACCGUCGUUCCUGUCUGGCUGUUUAAUGGCCGGGAAAUUGACCUGAUGGUCCGGAGCACGCAGUAUGACUUCGAGAAGAAGAAGAAGAAGAAGAAGAAGAAGAAGAAGAAGAAGAAGAUUCGUGGGACAUGA